AUGCAUCUCACCAAGUCCCUCGCAGCCCUCAUCCUUCAUCUCGCAGUGACCAACGCCCAAUGCGGCACGGCCGAUGCCUGCGUCCUAACCGAAACCUGCUCAACCUAUACCCGCACCACACCUACUACAACCACAUUUGCCACCUGCGUGCCCACCCCGACAUGCCUGAAAGUCUACCAGGACUGUCAAUCCGGCGGAUCCGGAGAUAUAUGCUGCUCGACUUACUGUGCGGCUACGAAAUGUCGACCUACGGACCCUAAGUGGCCAGACUGUAGGGAGGAUUUGGAGUUGUGUGAGGCGGAUGAGCAGUGUUGCUAUAAUAAUAAAUGUGUGGAGGGAUUAUGCCGGAAGGCGUAGUUGGUUUCUGGUUGAAGUCCUUUUGUUCCGUAUGUAUCCUAUUCGUGUAUGCGUUUCAUCAUACAUAUUAAUAUUGUAUCCAACCAUUAACCAAAAGUUCAAUCCAUGUCCAUAUUCAUGUACGCGUGUCAUCCAUUAUGAAUCCCAAUUUAUAUCCAAGCUCGAUAAAGAAGCCAAGUUGCAGUUAAGGUAGACAGCAGUCGCAUACAUGGCGUAAUUAUCAGCAUUCUCCAACGCCUGCUCACUCCCUAACAGCAACGCCUCAUCCGAAUACUUAAAAUCACUAGUCGGCGGAUCAUACACCGCAGGCAAAUGCGUGAACUCAUGAACCGCAGUCGUCGCCUCAUCC